CUGACACAAGCUCAUUGGCCCACAGCCUGUGGAGGGGCGGGGCUUCUGUCUCAGGGGCUCUUCAAAAAGGCUCACAGUGAGAGCAGCCCAAACUGGAGGCUGAAGCACUCACUCUCUCCCAGCCUUCUUCCCUGAGCCUGUGCCUCUGAACUGCUUCCUCUUCCCUGUCUGGCUCAGCUGGGGAUUGAGCCACAUACCAGGGGACUCUGGGAUCUGCGAUUUAAUGUCAGUGAUGGAAAAACUUAAAAAUGCUUCCUGGAUCCACCAGCAGGAAUUGGAAGAUCCACUCAAGAAGUACUUGAACAGCACCGAGGACUACCUGGCCUACCUGUGCGGACCUCCCCGCAGCCACCUCUUCCUCCCGGUGUCUGUGGUGUAUGCUCUGAUUUUUGUGGUGGGGGUGGUGGGCAAUCUUCUGGUGUGCUUGGUGAUUCUCCGGCACCAGACAAUGAAGACACCCACCAAUUACUACCUGUUCAGCUUGGCUGUGUCUGACCUCCUGGUCCUGCUCCUGGGAAUGCCCCUGGAAGUCUACGAGAUGUGGCGCAACUACCCCUUCCUAUUCGGGCCUGUGGGCUGCUACUUUAAGACUGCCCUCUUUGAGACCGUGUGUUUCGCCUCCAUCCUCAGCGUGACCACGGUCAGCGUGGAGCGCUAUGUGGCCAUCCUCCACCCCUUCCGUGCUAAGCUGGAGAGCACCCGCCGGAGGGCCCUCAGGAUCCUGGGCAUCGUCUGGGGCUUCUCCCUCAUCUUCUCUCUGCCCAACACCAGCAUCCAUGGCAUCAAGUUCCACUAUUUCCCCAAUGGGACCUCGGUUCCUGGCUCUGCCACCUGUACGGUCAUCAAGCCCAUGUGGAUCUACAAUUUCAUCAUCCAGGUCACCUCCUUCCUCUUCUACGUCCUCCCCAUGACGCUCAUCAGUGUCCUCUACUACCUGAUGGGGCUCAGGCUGAAGAAAGAUGAAUCCCUUGAGGCGGAUGAAGUGACUGCUAAUAUCCACAGACCUUCCAGAAAAUCAGUGACCAAGAUGCUAUUUGUUUUGGUCUUAGUAUUUGCCAUCUGCUGGACCCCAUUCCACAUUGAUCGCCUCUUCUUCAGCUUCGUGGAGGAGUGGACUGAGUCCUUGGCUGCCGUGUUCAACCUCAUCCAUGUGGUGUCAGGGGUCUUCUUCUAUCUGAGCUCAGCAGUCAACCCAAUUAUCUACAACCUACUGUCUCGCCGCUUCCGGGCAGCAUUUCGGAAUGUCAUCUCUCCUUCCUGCAAAAGGUGGCCCUCCCAGGAUCACUCACAGGGACCACCUGCCCAGAGGAACAUCUUCCUGACAGAAUGCCACCUUGUGGAGCUGACAGAAGACACAAGUCCCCAGCCUCCCUGUCAGUCACCCAUCUGCACCUCUCAGCUCUCCACGGCCUUCUGCCCUCAACAGCCACCGUGAAGAGAACUCUCAGAGGAGCCACCUUUGAUUUUUUUGAGUUGGAUUUCUCCAUGCCUCAGCACUGCAGGGAGGGACAUUCUGAAAUCUAUACCUCCUUAUGUGAAAUUAGGGAGAUAAAAUGGCUCUUAAAACUCAUGUACCUAUUUCCAGUUAUUUUUUUUUAACAAAUGUGAAAACACAGAUAUAAGUCUAAAAUAAAACAGAUGCCAAACUUCCUGAUUUUUAGUUAUCUUUAUAGUAUCCUAAGUGGCUCAUGCCCCUUCUCUAAUUCAUGAAGACAACAUACAUGGCAAAGCAUGACUAUACUUGUAACCAAUGGCAACUGGAAGCCCCAGAUGGAAGACAAGUCAUUUCACAAUCUUUGAGUUGAGAAGCCCAUAACAAUGUUCCUUCACGUUGAUCUAUUUAUCCCCCUGCCCCAUACAGGGCGAUUAUAACAUGAUUCCAUAGAGUGCUGAAACCUUUCCAUUUAAGAGCUCACGGAUGACCUGGGAAUGUCCUUAGAGCUAUUAGUCGUGGCACCCCAGUCUCCAAGUCAUUAUCCUUCCACUCCUAAUUGAGAAUCGGAUCAAGAUAUAAGUUCAACUUUGAGAAGAACAGAAUGGGAAGAGGGAGGAAGCAGGUGGAAAAAGACUGAAAUUACACUAAACCAAAUCCUGGUCAUUUUCAAAAUUUGAUCCAAGCUUGGAUUUCUAAUGUCUUAUUUCAUGUAUAGUCAGAGGUAGGAUAUAUUAUCUUGGAACAAAGACAAGUUAAAUGGCAAAUACUGGUCUCCAAUUCAUGAGUCUUACCUACUCAAUCCUUUAUCAUCCACAUAAUGCUCUGCACAUAUAAUAUGGGCAAAAUGUACUUCCCAAACUCACCUUCCACUAAACCACCAUGAGUACUCCAUUUAAACUGGAUCAUUUGCUCUUCUUAUGCAACUAUAGUAGUUUUCCCUACCUGAACAUCUUUGCAUGUAGAAUGACUUCUUUGUCUACUGCCUAUUCUUCAGUGUUCAUCUCAAUAUGGUACCUCCUCCACAAGGCUGUGUUUAAUUUAUUCAAAUAGAUGUGGCAUCUGAGGGUGUUUUUGGUUUAUUCAUUUAUUUAUUUAUUUAUUUUUGGUCAAUUUAUCUCUCUUAAGCUUUUUCUACACUUCUGCUUUGUAUUACAAUGAUUUAUUGCUUUGCCAGAGUGUAAAUUUGUCAAAGGCAUGAAGUAUCUUGUGUUCAUUUUUUUCUGUAACUAGAACCCUAGAAAUGUAUCUGUUGCAAUGGUAGAUGUUCAAUAAAUAUGUGGUAAAGUGAA